GCUACGCAUGGAAAUAACAGGAAACUGGUUGACCUAGUUGUCCGCAUCCUCAGGGCCGCCAUAUAAAAGGUCGGUUCUGGCAUAGAACAGGGUAUCCUUUACAGGCCGGUCUCCACCAAAGGAUCACAGUUUUCAACAUGAGGUUCGCUUGUGCGGUUCUCGCCUCACUGGCCUGCCUCUCGGUAGCGAUGGGUGACGGUUACGGAGGUUCCUAUUAUACGGGCCAGAACAUGUACAAUGGUUACGGAAAGGGAGGUAUGGCUCCGGUCUAUAAUUACGGCGGAUACGGUGGAUAUGGAAAAGGAGGAGGCUACAGCGGAUACGGUGGAAGUGGUGGCGGAUAUGGGGGCGGAUAUGGUGGUUAUCCAACACUACUUUACCCUGUUGCCUCCCCAGAACCAGCUGAUAUCCCGUUGGGAGCCCUUGGAGGACUGUACGGCGGCGGCGGUGGCGGCGGCUACGGAGGAGGAGGAGGAUUAUUUAGCGGCGAUGGGAGCCUACUUCUUCUUUUGGGAGGAGCUAUACUGCUAAUGGCUCUCUUGUCCAACAACACUGGAUAGACAAACACAACGGGAGACAUAUUUGUAUAUAGGUUUUCGCGCAAGAGGUCAAACACGUCAUUUACAGUUAAUACCAAAAACCCCUGUGUAUUUUUGUCAUUAAAUUAUUCUUCGUUGAUACCAUCAAA